AUGGCUUCCGGGGAUACGGCCGCCAUCGAUACGAUCGAUGUCGAGUCGGCCCUCUCAACGAAAAAUUCCGAGUUCACCGCCAGCAGCAAAGAUCAGCCACUGGAGCUAGACGAAUAUGGAAAAUUCAUUAAGGACACGCCGGGAAAAUUCAUCAUGGCUGAUGGGAUGUCGGGCGAACAGUCGCUGGCGCCGCGGCCGCACCGGCCAAAGUCGGACAAGGAGCGCAAAAUCGGCCAUCGGCGGGUCGGCGAGGGGGGCGAAAUUACGUACAAGAAAAUCCAAACCACCACGAUCAUGGGCUCGAUCCAGCUCGGCAUCCAGCAUACGGUCGGCAGCCUGGCGUCGAAACCGCGGCGCGAUCUGCUGAUGAUGGACUUCUGGGAGCUGGAGACGAUAUCCUUCCCGCCGGAGGGCUCCAGCAUGACACCCGCGCACCACUACAGCGAGUUUAAGUUUAAGAUCUACGCGCCGAUCGCGUUCCGGUACUUUCGCGACCUGUUCGGCAUUCAGCCGGACGACUUUAUGAUGUCCAUGUGUUCAGCCCCGCUGCGGGAACUCUCGAAUCCGGGUGCAUCCGGUUCCAUCUUCUAUCUGACGGACGACGAUGAGUUUAUCAUUAAGACCGUGCAACACAAAGAGGGAGAGUUUUUGCAAAAACUGUUACCAGGGUACUAUAUGAAUCUAAAUCAAAAUCCCCGCACGCUGUUGCCGAAGUUUUUCGGUCUGUACUGCUACCAGUGUAAUAGUAAAAACGUUCGACUAGUUGCUAUGAACAACUUAUUGCCCUCUUAUGUGAGGAUGCACCUUAAGUACGAUCUCAAAGGGUCGACCUACAAGCGAAAGGCCAACAAAGCGGAACGAUCGAAAUCGUCCCCGACGUACAAGGACCUAGACUUCAUGGAGCAACAUCCGAACGGGCUGUUCCUCGAGGCGGAAACGUACAGCGCGCUGAUUAAAACGAUCCAGCGGGAUUGUCGGGUGCUGGAGUCGUUCAAAAUCAUGGACUACUCGCUACUGGUCGGCAUCCAUAAUCUCGAUCUGGCGGUGAAGGAGAAACAGGAGGCGGCCGCCAAGGCACGGUCGGAAGGUGAAUCGGACUAUGAGGACGCGCCGGAAGCGGACCAGUACAUGGUGCAGGAGCGGGAGGAACAGCGAACGACAGCCCUAAACAGGAGCAGGCACACAACCUACGGAAAGAUGCUGAUUAGGUCUAUCAACCGGCAAAGGCUUGUUGCGCAUUCGACAGCAAUGGAAAGUAUUCAGGCUGAAAGUGAACCGAUCGAUGAAGAGGAUGAUGUCCCUCCCGGUGGAAUUCCUGCGCGCAGUGAAAAGGGCGAACGGCUACUGCUGUUCAUCGGUAUCAUCGAUAUUUUGCAGUCGUAUAGAUUAAGGAAAAAGCUAGAGCACACGUGGAAAAGUAUUAUCCACGAUGGUGAUACCGUGUCGGUGCAUCGGCCUUCCUUCUAUGCACAGCGCUUUCAGGAGUUUAUGGCCAAAACCGUGUUUAAGAAAAUUCCCUCGCUGGAUCUGCCCGAGAUCAAGGGCAAUCAUAGAAAAUUUCGCACGUUGGUCACCAGCUACAUAGCGCUAAAACAUUCACCAUCCAAGAGAAAAAGCUUAUCGAAAGCAGCACAGAGAGCAAAAAAUGAAGAAACAGAUAGUCAACCUGUAGCUGGCAGUUCCCAUCAGCAUCACCACCAAAAUCAGCAGUUCAACCCGACCCAGACGCAUUUCAAUCAGCAAACAACGGGGACUCCUAAAUCAGAUGUAGAUACUUCCUCCAGCGUGCAUACGGCGGCCACGAUCACGACCACCUCCAGCAGCAGUGGUGGUGCCGCUGCCGGUGGCAAUGGUGGUAAAGCGGGUGGUCUUGGCACUAGGGCUGCCGGUGGCGGCGGUGUUGGUGGGGCCGGUAGUGCCUCCGUAACGCCGACCAACAUGCCACCGCUGAAAAAGAAAACGACGGUCGUAAAGCAAAGCGUCCCACCGCCGGUUCCACCGCGCGGCUCGCCCAAGUUCAACAAGGCGAGCGGUGCAGGGUCGGGCCGACCCGGCGGUGGUGCUUCCGGUUCGCUACCCAGCCAGUCCAGUGGCCACCGGGGACGAUCCAGCGCAGGCACAUCUCCUUCCUGUUCUUCCACUCCUCCUCCCGCUUUUGACGACAUCUCCGAGCACGGUAGCAGUAGCCAUCGACACUCGUCGGAUGACAAAACGGGCAGCAGCAGCGGAAUCGGAAGUGCCGGCGCCAGCGGCUUCGGAGGCGGCGGCGGUGGCGGCGGCGACGGUAUCGGAGGCGGCAGCGGCGGUGGUGGCGGCUCCGUCGAUCGGCGGAGCGCAUCCUGUCGCAGUGAUAACUACAAAGAAGACUCAAUAAGUAUAUCAGAAAUAAGAUUAGAAAGUCAUUUAGCAGUCGAAUCAUCAUCCAAUAGCAAUUACGGCUCGCGGGGGGCCCUAGCGUCGGUCGAAGGAUCGACCCCAACGUGGACUGAAGGAACGCCCAGCUUUACGGAUUCGAGCUCGAGCGGUGAUAUUGGAACAUUCUCAGGCCAUUCCUCUCCCAUGUCGGAUCGGGAUCGCCACAAGCCCACGGUCGAGAAGGCGCUGAACUCGCUCACAUCGGAAAUGGAAAAUUUACGAUAUCAAGUAGAUUACGAUUACAACUAAUAAGCCGGACGAGGCCGGGUUAAUCAAGUGUAAAGGGUUCUGUGUGGUGUCGACAAUCGUCGACAUUGUUGCUAGUAAGACCAGUGUGGAAUAACGCGCGUUACGCCACGCACUUUACGCAAAUAAUGUUGUUGCGCAGACCGAUACGAAAGAAAGCGGGGAAAAAGAGGACUAUGUACAUAUGUAACAAACCGUAUCAUCAUCAAUCAAGUUGAAACCAUACAGAAGGCUGACGACGUGUGUGUGUGUUUGUGUGUGCGUAUGGCACAUUGGGGAGAAAAGCGAGAACGGCGUGCCACAAAGACAAUGAACGCGCGGAAUGGCGAAGGAGGAGAAAUCAAAACUCUUAAAAAAAAGACACAUACAUUAGCUAAAUAAGCGUUAAUAUCACGUUAGAAGUUCGUAACACGAUUCGCCUACCAUUCCAUAAUACCGGUAGAAGAAGAAAAAACAUUCACGGAAAACGGAAAGAGCAAUAUUAUAGAAUGAUCAUCCGGAUUCCUGUUUCUUGUAAGGUUUUGUUUUUAUUUUUUAUUUUAUUGCCUAACCCUUUUCUAACAUCCUCUAUGGACUAUACCCUUGUAAACCUUGCCAUUAAAUCUUUACCUUUCUAGUGCUUCCAAGUUUUUCGUUCGUUUGAGGCAAUAAUCGUUCAUCAAAAACGGGAUAUAAAAGAAAAUUAUUGAACGUAUAAAUGCAAACAUCCUUCUGCAGCAAGCAACUAUCGAUUGUUAAUACAUAUAAGAAAGUAUGGAAAGUUAUAUCGUUCGUUAAUUACCUAAUCCUUCUUCUUUCACGUUCUCCAAGCCUUAAUCAAUCCAACGAAAAUAAGCUAAAAAAGGGGGAGCUCGAUGAGGUUGACUGCUCUGGUAAAAGAAAAACAAGCAAAGAGAAUGGAAGCUGAUGAAGGACAACGUUCAGUUCGAAACUUUGGAGUUGUCACCCGGUACAAUUAGAGGCCUAUAGCAUUGACCAGUGGUAACCAAAAUUCUAAUAAGAUUUAUCUUUAAUGAUUUGAAUGUGAUUUUAACAAGAUUUCUAAUAAUAGUGAUUUUGAUUUGUUACUAAGAAGAUUUCUAUUUCAUGAUUUGUGAUUUUACCAAUAAGAAAAGAAACAAUGACAUUAUUUAAGCCAGCUCUCCUUUAUCAAGGCUUUUUUUUGUUUCGAAUCUCAUUAAAUCGCAUGCAUAAUUUGUCUAAACAGAAUCAAAAGUAAAUGAAAUAAUUAUUUGUCUCAAACUUAAACCAAAUGUAUGCAAAAUUCUUCCAGUAUUGUUGAUGAAGGAAAAGGAAUUAAAUCGAUAAAGAACAAGAAGCGAACCGUAAGGAAGCGGAAUGACGCAACAACAACAAAAAAACACAAUAAAUACGUUAAUAUAUUUAAGCAAGAAGAUGUACAAUAAGCAGUUGUAGGCACGAUGUUAAAGCAAGAGUUAAACCAUACGCAUUUACCGUAUUAGUCUCCCACGGGGUCUACUAUACACACACACCCCCCAUGCCACCACCACUAAAAUCAUUAACACACCCCCCUUAUACGAGUGGUGUACAUACGUAUAUAUAUAUAUACACACACAUAUAUAUAGAUAUAUAGAUAUACAUAAAUAUCAUCCUAAUUGUAAAGAUAGCUACCAUUCAAUCUCAUACCAGGCAAAGGAUCUUGUCUCGUCGCCCAUCAUUGGAGGGAGGGAGGAGUCUCAUUCAGCCGCUAGUUUACUAUUCGGAGUAAUAUUAUUACUAUUUAUGAUAAAUAUAUGAAUGUUAUUCAAUCGUGUUACAGAACCACACACAAUAAUGGAAGCGAAAAGGGUGUAUAGGAAAGGGAUAAGCGUGACGCAUUCACGCAUUUCUGUAUGCAAACAAACACGUGAAAAGAAGAUGAUUUCAGGUGCAGUGUAUAAUUUUACGUACUUUCUCUUUGCAUUACGAAACAGCAGGCAAUCUUCUUGUUUUUGCAAUUUCUGAAAGACGCCCUAGUUGAAGGUUUUUGUGGGGGGUUUUAUUUUGAAACAAUUUUGCACAGCGGUAAAUGAAAAAUCUGUAUAAUCAAAACACAAUAUCACUUACUUACAUAUACGAAGGGAUGAAGAAGUGCGUUAAAGUUCAUGUUCAUCGGGUUGAAGGCAAGCAGAAGGAGGGAAGCAUUAUAAAUUCAUAUAUUCCAAAUCUCCACUCGGUAGUGGUGGUACGGAUAGACGCGUAUAAAUAUAGACAGCAAACAGCAAAUAGAAGAAGAGAAAACACCGUACACAACACUAUAAAUCGAGCAUAUAAAUGCGUUGUGGAAGGGAGGCUAUAGAUAGAUAGAAAGAGAAAAUACAAUAGGACAAACCCGAUGGCAAAACAAAUCGAAUCGAAUUAGAGCAACAACAAAGCGGGACGACGACGGGACUCGUCGAUCGUUAGUUCGACCGCGUUGUAAAACGCGUCUACAAGGUUUAUCGUUUGACAUGAGGAAACAAUAAUCGUAUAUAUAGCAUAAAACAAACUCCCCCUUCUUCCCGCGAUGGGAUAACAGCAAAAUGAAUCGUAUCGAUGGUAUAGGAAAAAGGCAUACAGAAAUGAGUGAAAAAAUGAGCGUAAAAAGCAGAAACACACACACAAUAUAUCCCUGAGGCAAUAAAUCGGAAUGCAAUAAUCAACGUGUUAGUGGAACCGAUCCUUGUCAGUUACUGUGCGCGGUUCAACAAGCCCGAAACAAUCGUUAGAUAGGGAAAGUGAUACGGCACGAUUUACUAGGGACAAAUUUAGGCAGACAAAAGAUUGAGCCCUUACUCUGUGCGGUUUAUGUUUUUUUGUUUUUGUUUUUUUUUUGGGUGGAUUAGGGUGAUGUAAACGUUAUCGCAAUGUGUGCAAUGCCAAUACUCUCUAUAAUAACCCUUCGAGAACGUAAAACAGCAGCAAACCUCCCUCUCUCUGUGUGUAAACUCACUACUUACCGGACACGUGCAUACGUAUUCGCUCAAUCUCAUGUCAACGAAAUGCAAAAAAAAUGAAACAUUUCAUUACUAGACAACCCAACACUCCCCAACCAACACACCAUAAUACGAUUUUGUCAGACUUCCUUAAACCAUGCAAAGACGUUAAAAGAGACGUUACUGUAAGAAACCCGUUAAACAUGUUUUGGGUCACACGCGUAUAUAGAGAGAUCACACGCGGUCGUAGGUGAAAGACACAAAAAAAUGUAACAAAUCUGAAUUGUGAAUAGUGUUGUAACGAUAUGCCAAUCGGGAGUGGUAGUAGUGAUGAAUAAUAGUGGCUGGAUCAAAUCAACCAAAAAAGGGGGAAUAGAGAGGGCAGGACGAAUUCCAAAACACACACAAACACACUAAACAACUAACUGAACUGAACUGCAACAAUCCGCGGGGAGUGGGAGGGGGCAACACACACCGCGAGCGUGUGCGCGGGACGGGGCAAGACAGAUGAGGUACGAAAUGCAUAUAAUAAAGAGAAAACAAAUACAAACGAAA